UCAUUUUGACUGCCACCUUCUUCAAGGCCCGUCAAGAAUCUCCUACUAGUAGUUCCUUGAUGGGUAUGAUCGUGUCUAUCUGCUGUAAGUGUUGGAAUAGCUAGCUUCUACCAUCCAUCUCUAGGACUAAUGAUUCACUGAUCAAGUAAACCGGAGCUCUCAAUUCGGAUAGCGUGUGUAUUGUGAUUGUCUGCUGACUAGCUACAGAUCCCGAUUGGUCGUUAAUUGUAGUGCUAGAGCUGUAGCAUGGAGUCUGAUCACAGAAAGAGAUCAAAGGAACUGGAACAACAAAAGAGAAGAAACAUGCAGGCUGGGAACUCAAACAGUAAACCACCACGAGAGCCUCUCUUUGGGAAGCCCAUUGAGAAAAGGGGUGGUGACGACAGGAUACAGGAGAUCCUUGGCAGCUACAGAAACUUCCCUUCAAACUGGGAAGCCCAGCAACGAUGUUUGGGUGUGGCUGAUUCCAACCCCAGCACACCACUCGCUCUUAGCAAACAAUCCAAUCCUUUCAACUCUAUCAGUACUGCCUCCUCGUUAACCAGUUCAAGUACAGGGGCUGCCUCGUCAAGACACCAGGUGGCCGAGCCCCCUACUGGGCAGUCAGUACCCUCCCUGAAGCGAGAAAAAGGCAGCAGGGCAAGCUCCAAGCUUCCCAAACCUGAUUCUAGGACUAGUACGGGGAGCACUGGCAAAGGGAAGGUGGUCAAGACUGAGGACAAACCUAUAUUACAAACCAACACACUUCUCGUUAAGAAGCCCAAUAAAGCUGCUAUUAAGCCGCACAAAGCUUCUCAGAAGAAGACCUCCCCAAGCAAAACAUCUAUUCGCAGUAAACCCAAGGUCAAAAAGUCACAUUCAAGCUCACAACUUCAUACUUCAUCUGACCUUCCUACAUCUGAGCUCCACACUUCGACAAUCUCCUCCCACAAACCCAAAAAGCAUCUCAAUAACGUUCCAUCGACUGUACUACAAAUGUCCUCCAGCCCUCUGUCGACUUACAACACGGCGGCAUCUUCCAUUAAGAGAGUCUCCAGUGCUGGUCCACUGUCUAGUAGGACUGAGGUUAAAAUCGAACCGACUGACGUGGCUAGUAAGGCAGCAAAGAAGAAAAAGAAAAAGAAGGUGAAGAAGGAAUCUUCAGUUGUGGCACCUGUGGUUGCUGAGUCACUUGAUGGUCAUGUGAUUGCUGAGUCUGCUCCCACCACCUCACUGAGAGUCCAACUGCCAAAACAGAAGAGACCUCUUGAGCUUCAACUUGUGGCCGAUACACCUGUCAGUGUCAGUGAGGAUACAACAAUGGAUGCUGAGAGUGUAUCCACCAUGCUCAAGGAGCUGAUGAAUCCUCUCCCAUCCACCUUGGUCACCCCACUCCCCACUCCAGUCAAAGCCCGCCCCUUCAUAUUCCCUCCUGCUGUCCCAAAGCUACCUACAGUUACUGAGAUCAGACAUUUUGUUGAAACCAAAAGCCGACCGUGCAGCUCUAGCAGCGAAGAGGGAUUACAAGACUCCAAAAGCAGGGAAGCUUUGGCGACAGCUAUCUCCACACUAGAAAACAAUAUGGCAACAGAGACUGAUCACACCCACUUACAUAUGGCCCCACCCCCCCAUCAGCGGGUGAGGUCAAGUAGUAGUAGCAGCUCAAGUGAUGAUUCAUCAUCUGAUUCUAGCAGUGACGGUGAAACCGAGGAAGAUGAUUUGGACCUUUUGCUCUCCAACCAGAUGUCCGUACCUACUACCACUAUCACGCCUAUCAAGACGACCCCUCCUCGAAGGAUAUCACAGCAGAUCAUAUCACCGCUAGCACUUGAUGAAUCUGCUAACCUCUCUCCUGCCCAGAGCAAGACUUUUAUGCACUUCCCUCAGACAAGCACAGGGUUUAACCCUCAAACUAGCACAGGAUUUAACCCUCAGACGAGCAUUGGAUUUAUCCCUCAGAUGAGCACGGAAUUAAACCCUCAGACGACCACUGGAUUUAACCUUCAGGGUAACGCUGGAUUUAAACCUAUAAAUUCUGAACAAUCUAGAGGUGGAUUGGAGGCUACUGAUGUUGCUAUGGACUUUAAUGUCAGUGAUAGCGAUAGCAGUUCUGGUUCCAGUUCCGAUUCAGGCUCUGAGUCCGAUUCCGAGUCUAGUGAUUCUGAAGAGGAGUCUGUUGUCCAACCGAACAAAGUUAUAACUCAAUCUAACCAUAGAACCAAUCUAAACUUGUCUCGAGGCUGUGAGGAUGGGUUGAUGCCGUUCAACAGCUCCGGGGGAUUUUUGGAAGGCACAGAUUUCCUAACUGGAUUAAGUAACAUUGAAGCACCGUCAAACAGCACAGGUCAAUCAAUCACUUCACACACAAGCUACCAAGCAGUUGGCUCUGAAUCUCUGCAACCUUCCGCUGUCACUUCUAUUCCCAUCACAGUUGAUAUCACAUCUACUGUAGUUAGUCCCACACCUGUACCGGCCCCUGGUAUUGAUAUGCCGGCUGUCACUACUCAACUUAAGAGAAAGAACUCGUCUUCCCAGAGAACAGCUAGGAAGGCCCCCAAAUUGACAAUCAAAGAGGCUGCUACGGCUUUCCAGACUCAAGAUACCCGACCCUUGGCCAAGAGAACGAUUAGCAUCACAAGUUCAGAGUACCACUCGGAAGAGGGGGAAGUAUCUUCUGAAACAGAGGAUCAGUCCGUCUUUUCUAUGCAAUCAACGGUGUCCACUUCAACCAAUCAGAUCACUCGACCCGGACAAAGUUGCGUAGGGACACAAGGAGUGCCUUCAUCUAACAAGGAGCACACGGAGAGUUUUGUUGUCCGCUAUGCCCUCGCUGAGCUCAAGAGAGUGCCUGAUCAGCACAAGCCAAAGGCUAAGGUGGAGCCAUUCAGACAGACCACGGACAGUCGUACAAGGAGCAGACCCCCUGAAUCAGAGCCGAUGUCGUCAGAUCGCCAUGACGAUCCCCGUGGCCUAGGACGGGAGAGAAGUGAGGGGCGGAGCAGAGAUGGCUACACCAGUGUCAGUGGCAGCAGGCACAGAGACGAAUACAGUCGCUCUUACCACCGUGACCGUUCAAGUGAUCGUCCACGCUCUCACCGUGGGGCUAGUCGUUGGGAGCGCGAGUCCUCUCGGGAUAGACGCUACCCCCCGGAUGAUCGGCACCACUCAAGUGGACGUGGCUGGGACCGUGGCGAGUAUGACUACUGGACAGACGAUCAUAGCGACUACGGAGGUGAAAGGUCACGAGGAAGGGGCGGGCGGUAUGGCGUAGAGAGUCAGAACUACCCUGAGAAGUACAUGUCAGAAGCUCGCAGGAAAAAGCACGAGGCUGACAAGAUGCCACACAGUGUGGAGAAGGCAAAAGCUUACAUGGAGUCAGUGGUCCUGUUUAUGAAGUAUGGUGAUGCCACAGAGCAACAAAGUGAGUCCUCAAACACGGGUGCUAAGAAGACUAGCGCCUUCAGAACUUACAGCGAGACUGUUGCAAUGAUAAAGUACUGUCAAAACAUGGCUAAUGACUGCAAGCCUCUAGUUGUUUUGUGUAUGAGGUGUCAAAGUGUUCUACUCUGGAGAAUGUAUCUGAUAAAAUUGCCUGCAGCUUCAACUAUACAACAGGAGCUUCAAGAAUACUUUAUUCCACCUAAGGGCACACAAGGGAAGUCCCCGUAUCCAAACAGCUCCUCCCCCCUCCCGUCCCCAGCCAGUGUGGGCAGCACCACCAGCACCGGUAGUGGGGGGUGGACGGCCACUCAAGACCCCUCCCCUUCCGGCUCAGCCACCGUACCCAAACACAUUGUGAACAAGGCCACUGAGCACCUCACUAUAUCUGGCUAUGUCAGUAACAGCGUGGAGUUGUGGAAGACCAGCGAAUCGCUCAUGAGCCAGUACAGAGAUUACUUCUCGAAGCAUGACCACACAGCUAGUCAGAGAAUGAGCCACCACAGCCCUGUGAGCCAUGUUGCUACCUGGAGUGAGAAAGUCUUACGGAAUAUCAGAUAUAAUAGUUACUAGACAGUAUGGGUAAUAAACAUUCAACCAUGACUCAGGUCUAUAAAGUGUUUAUGUGCACUUAUUUUUGUGUGUCUUUUAUGUUUUUCAGUUGCUGUAACAGGGGAGUCCUGUAUGUAUGUAUGUAUACUGUUCCCAUUCUUAAAUCAUCGAGUCUAUUGAUUUUUGUUGCUUG